AUGGAAGGUUCCCGGCCAGAAAGACAAACGUCAAUACCGAACUCUCACAUCAACUUCAGCGUGGCCGAUUUCAAAACAAGCUGUCCGAACUUAGAUGAUCCGGUUGUCAUCUCGCUUUACAUGGGAGAAUUAACAGUAAAGAAGGUCCUACUCGACCCAGGAAGUAGUGUCGAUGUCUUGUUCUACUCAACCUUCAAAAAGAUGAACUUUAGCGAUAAAGCACUACAGCCAUCACCCGGAGAAUUGGUAGGAUUCUCCGGAGAAAAGGUAUCGGUAUUAGGAUAUAUUUGGUUGAGGACAACAAUCGGAGAACCACCAAAUAACAAAACACUAGAUAUUCAGUUUUUGGUGGUCGAUUGCCCUAGCCCGUAUAACAUUAUCUUAGGGCGCCCGCCGUUAAACGCUUUGGGAGCCAUUGUCUCAACUGUACAUCUUUGUGUAAAAUUCCCUUUGCAGGACGGCGAAGUGGGGACAAUACAUGCCGACCACAAAGAAGCCCGACAAUGCUACAACGCCAGCCUCAAGGCCGUCAAGAAGGAGACACCUCGGGUCCAUACGGUGUAUAAUUCGGCAAACAUACCAACUUUGACCGAACUUGACCCCCGAAGUGACAAUCACCGCCCCACACCAACAGACGAUCUUGAAAAGGUAAUAUUAAAUCAAGAUGAGCAAUUUACUAAUGUUGGAUCCGCAUUUAUCGCAGGACAAAAGACCGACCUAAUGGCAUUACUAAAAACAAACGCCGAUCUAUUUGCAUGGACACCGGCGGAUAUGCCCGGCAUUGAUCCCAACUUUAUCUGCCACAAGUUGGCGGUCCACCCCAACGCCCAAUCCAUACGACAAAAGAAAAGGAAUCUCGGCGAUGAGCGACGAAGGGCAGCAGAAGCAGAAACCAAAAAGCUCUUAAAAGCAGGGUUCAUUCGGGAAAUCCGAUUUUCAGCAUGGUUGGCUAAUGACGUGAUGGUCAGGAAAAACUCAGGAAAAUAG